AUGGAGGCUGCCUCGGUGUCCGUCCCCGUCGAGUGGAUAAAGAACUGGGAGAAAUCAGGGAGAGGCGACCUUUUGGACUUAUCUUGGCUUCUCAGCAAAAACAAGAGCCACGGCAGUUCGACUUACAGAGAUUUCCAGCGAGCUCUCUAUGAGUUAUCACACCAUGUCAUUCAAGGAAAUCUGAAGCCUGAACAAGCAGCUGAUUUUUUAAAUGACAUCAGUGAAUUUCGUGAGGAUAUGCCCUCCAUUCUUGCUGAUGUCUUCUGCAUGUUAGAUAUUGAGACAACCGUUUUAGAAGAGAAGAGCAAGAGAGACUGUUUUACACAAUUGGUAUCAGCGUGUUUGUAUUUCGUUUCAGACACGAUUCUAAAGGAACGCCUAGAUCCAGAAACAUUGGAAUCAUUAGGACUUAUCAAACAAUCACAGCAAUUCUACCAAAGAUCAGUUAAAAUCAAGGCAAAACUCUUUUAUAAGCAGCAAAAGUUCAAUUUGUUAAGAGAAGAGAAUGAAGGCUAUGCUAAGCUGAUUGCUGAAUUGGUGCAAGAUUUAUCGGGAAAUAUUACUAGUGAUUUAAUCUUAGAGAAUAUCACAUCUUUAAUAGGAUGCUUUAAUCUAGAUCCCAAUAGAGUUUUGGGUGUCAUUUUAGAAGUGUUUGAAUGCAGACCAGAAUGUGAUGACUUCUUUAUAUCUUUAUUAGAAUCUUGUGUGAAUAUGUGUGAGCCGCAAACACUUUGUCAUAUACUUGGGUUCCAAUUCAAGUUUUACCAGGAGCCGAACAGAGACACUCCUUCGUCUUUGUACAGAGUUGCAGCAGUGCUCCUACAAGGUAAUCUUAUUGAUUUAAAUUAUCUUUAUGUACAUCUUCUUCCGGCUGAUAAUUGCAUUAUGGAUGAAUAUAAACGAGAAAUGGUGGAAGCUAAGGAAAUUCUUAGAAAACUUACGGUGGCUGUACUGUCUUCUGGGAAAGUGGAUAAGCAAGAGAAGGCAAAGGAAAAGGAGGAGGAGAAAGUAGAAAAGCCCCCGGACAACCAAAAACUUGGUUUGUUAGAAGCCUUAUUAAAGAUUGGCGAUUGGCAGCAUGCACAGAACAUGAUGGAUCUGAUGCCUCCAUACUAUGCUGCUUCCCACAAGCUAAUAGCUCUUGCUAUUUGCAAGCUUAUUCACAUAACUAUUGAGCCUCUCUACCGAAGAGUUGGCGUUCCUAAAGGUGCUAAAGGCUCACCUGUGAAUGCUUUGCCAAAUAAGAGAGCACCAAAACAAGCAGAGAGCUUUGAGGAUUUGAGGACAGAUGUCUUCAAUAUGUUCUGUUACCUCGGUCCCCACCUUUCUUGGGAUCCCAUUUUAUUUGCAAAAGUGGUGCGCAUAGGCAAAUCCUUUAUGAAGGAGUUUCAGUCUGAUGGAAGGAAACAAGAAGAUAAAGAGAAAAUGGAAGUUAUUCUUAGCUGUUUACUUGGCAUUACUGACCAGGUCCUACUUCCAUCUCUUUCUCUCAUGGACUGCAAUGCUUGUAUGACUGAGGAAUUAUGGGGAAUGUUGAAAACAUUUCCAUAUCAGCAUAGAUAUCGUCUGUAUGGCCAGUGGAAGAAUGAAACUUACAACAGUUCCCUACUUCUAGUAAAAGCUAAAGCUCAAACAAUAGACAAAGCCAGAGAUAUCAUGAACCAUCUAACCAAGGAAAAUGUGAAGCCUUCUGGAAGACAAAUUGGGAAAUUGAGCCACAGCAAUCCAGCUAUUUUGUUUGAUUGUAUCUUGGCAAAAAUACAGACGUGUGAUGAGCUCAUGGCACCUGUAGUAGAUUCACUGAAAUACCUCACUCCGUUGAAUUAUGAUGUCUUGGCCUAUUGCAUCAUUGAGGCUUUAGCAAAUCCAGAAAAGGAAAGGAUGAAACAGGACGAUACAAGCAUUUCAAGCUGGCUUCGGCCUCUUGUUAGUUUCUGCGGUGCAGUUUUUCCUAAAUAUCCAAUGGAUCUUGCUGGUCUUCUGCAACACGUGGCUAAUCAGCUCAAGGCAGGCAGAAGUAUUGGCCUGCUUCUAUUGGAGGAGGUGGUACACAAAAUGGCAGGAAUAGGAAUCACCAGGGAAGAGACCAUGACAACGGAGCAACUAGAGGCCAUGACUGGUGGAGAGCAACUGAGAGCUGAGGGAGGUUCUUGUGGCCAGAUCAGAAACACUAAAAAAUCCUCCCAGAGAUUAAAGGAUGCCCUAUUGGACUAUGAUCUUGCUCUUCCCCUGGUUUUGAUGAUAGCUCAGCAGAGGAACAGGGUGAUCUUUCAGGAAGGUGGAGAGGAAGAUGUGGAACUGGUGGGAAAGCUCUAUGACCAGUGCCAUGAUACCCUGGUACAGUUUGGUGGGUUUUUAGCAUUUAAUCUAAGCACAGAAGAGUACACAAAGAGAGUACCUUCCAUCGAUGUGCUCUACAACGAAUUUCAUAUACCCCAGGAUGCAGCAUUUUUCUUGUCCAGGCCAAUGUAUGCACGCCAUAUCUCAUCCAAAUAUGAUGAACUUACAGAAUCGGACAAGGAAAGUAAACAGCAACAUAAAGUCCACAAGUACAUAGCAUCAUGUGAAAUGGUGAUGGCGCCUGUCCGUGAAGCAGUAGUCUCAUGGCACAUUUCUGAAGUCUGGGAUGACAUCAGCCCUCGGUUCUAUGCCACAUUCUGGUCGUUGACCAUGUAUGACCUUGCAGUUCCACACACCAGCUAUGAACGGGAAAUCAGUAAACUUAAAGUCCAGAUGAAAGCAGUUGAUGACAAUCAAGAAAUGCCUCCAAAGAAAAAGAAAAAAGAAAAGGAGCGCUGUAGUGCUCUUCGGGACAAGCUUCUUGAAGAAGAAAAGAAACAGACGGAACAUGUACAGCGAGUUCUACAGAGACUGAAACUGGAAAAGGACAACUGGCUUUUAGCCAAAUCUAGACCAAAGGAGACCAUCACAAAAUUUUUACAGCUGUGUAUAUUUCCUCGAUGUAUUUUUUCAGCAAUCGAUGCUGUUUACUGUGCUCGUUUUGUUGAACUGGUACAUCAACAGAAAACUCCAAAUUUUUCCACACUUCUUUGCUAUGAUCGAGUUUUCUCUGACAUAGUUUUCACAGUGGCAAGCUGUACUGAAAAUGAAGCACGUCGAUAUGGGAGGUUUCUUUGCUGUAUGUUAGAGACUGUGACUAGGUGGCACAGUGAUAGAGCCACAUAUGAAAAGGAAUGUGGAAACCACCCAGGAUUCCUUACUAUACUGCGGGCAACUGGAUGUGAUGGUGGAAGUCAAGCUGAUCAACUAGACUAUGAAACUUUCCGACAUGUGGUACAUAAAUGGCACUACAAACUAACCAAGGCAUCGGUGCAUUGCCUUGAAACGGGUGAAUAUAUUCACAUGAGGAAUAUCUUGAUUGUGCUAACAAAAAUACUUCCUUGCUACCCAAAAGUUUUAAAUCUGGGUCAGGCUUUGGAAAAAAGAGUGCAUAAAGUCUGCCAAGAAGAAAAAGGGAAAAGGCGUCGUCUACAUGCAUUAGCUACCGGCUACUCUGGGCAGUUGAAAUGUAGGAAGUCAUACAUGAUACCUGAAAAUGAGGUUCAUCGCACGGAGCCCACUCCGAAGAACACAGUUGCCAGUGUACACAAUGGGCCCGUUGGCAGGUCUUCAUCUUCCAUAGGAAGUGCAUCUAAAUCUCAUGAAAGCAGUGCUGAGGAGAACGAUAAAUCAGUGGAGAGAUCUGAGGGUGGUGUGAAAGCUGUCCACAAAGCUUCUAGUGCCACACUCAAAGGCAAUUCAAGCAAUGGCAAUAGUGGCUUUAAUAGCAGCAACAUCAUUAAAGAAAAUGACAAAGAGAAAGGGAAGGAAAAGGAGAAAAGAGAAAAGACUCUAGAGGCCAGGGUACUUGGUAAAGAUGGUAAAGAAAAACCAAAGGAAGAACGGCCAGAGAAAGAUGAAAGAGCAAGAGAGACAAAGGAAAGAACACCUAAGACCAACAAAGAGAAAGAAAAGGCUAGAGGUGAGAAAUUCAAGACCACUGUCCCCAACAUAGAAUCAAAAUUGACUCGAGAAAAGGAAAGAGAGAAGGAGGCAUUCAGAGAAAGAGAUAGAGCAAAGGAAAUAAAAUCAAAAGAAAAGGUUAAAGGAGGAGAAAAAAGACCAGUUUCUGGGCCCUUGAAGUCACCUGUUCCCCGAUCAGAUAUGACUGAGCCUGAAAGGGGACAAAAACGCCAGCAUAAAAUUGAUAGACACCCUUCUCCAUCACAUACCUCAACAAGAAAGGACAGUCUCAUCGCACCCAAGGAGUCUUCAGCAACGCUGUACCUUAUUCAUACCCCUUCACCACUAAUCAAGAGCAAGGAGAGAGAAACAGACAAGAAAGAAUUGGGCAAGUCAAGGGAACGAUCCAGAGAAAGAGAGAAAAAAGAUGAAAAGGGCAGAAAAGGUCGGAAACGGCAUCACUCAAACAACGACCGGGAAGUGCUACCGGACCUAAGGAAGAGGCGAAGGAAAGAAGAACACGGAACGAUGGUGGUUUAAAAACACAAAAGUGAAAAUCCAUGCGAUUCUCCUUAUCCAAAUGAGAAAAACAAGGGGGACAAAAAAAUAAAAAUAAAAAUAAAAUAUAAGUCACAAUCUUCAGGCAAUGAAAAAGGCAGCGAUUCAUUUAAAUCUGAAAAGAUGAAUAAAAUCUCCUCCAGUGGCAAAAAGGGUAUAUACAGACCCCUAAGUUGAAGGUCUCCUGGAGGAGGAUGCCAAUGCUCCCUGCAUCACUCUCAGAACGCUAUCUCCCAUAAUUCAGAGC